GAAAGAAAAGAAAAGGAGAUUGAGAAUUGGAGACCCAGAGGCACAGUGGCAACAACCGGAGAGAAGAGUGAAGAGGGGGGAGGAAGUGGGCGGCUCUGCUGCGAUUCUACACUCUUCGUUCACUCACAGAAGCUGUCGGCGGUUCGGCUUCAGCAGCAUCUCCCCGUUUUUCGACCCACAUUAUCCAUUAAAAUCGAUAGAUUUACUGCAGAACUUAAUGGAUUCAAAACAACUUUUCACUGAUGGUGAAAUUCAAAGCCAAGCAUCACCUACGACCACAGCUCGCGUGAAAAGAGCUGUUCUUUUAGAUAAAUGUUCUGGCCAGCGCCAGAGGAGAUGUAGCCCGCGCCUAAAGGACAUUCCUCAAAGCAAGCGACCUUAUUAUGGCACUUCCCUCAAAGUUUCACGGCAACAACAGCUGCUACAUCAACAACACCACGAUGACGAUGACCACGCCUUCCAUGCUGGCGUGCAAGAUGCUGAUUGUAAUCUCAACCACGUUAUCCAGGUUAAUGAUGUGGAUGUGGAUGUGGAUGUGGAUGUGGAUGUGGAUGUGAAUGUGAAUGGAGAACCCACAAUUCCUGCUACCAAAUUAGAAUAUAAAUCUGCUUAUGUUGAAAAGGGAGAUCCCCUAGAUGAAAUUAUUCAGAAUGCUGCAGGUGGAGAUUCUGUAAAUGAUUCAGGAACUACAAGUCUUGAUGAUACAUCAUCUGCUGGCAAUGAAGCUGGUGAUCUCCAAUGCACUCCUGCUGAGGCAUCUAAUAACAAUUGGUUGCAAAGUUAUAGUCUCUCGCUGCGUGGUGAUGGAAAGAGUUCCCAUGCGUUGGUGAAAGCGACAACAGGAACAUUUGAUGCACAUCAUCUUCAGCCUGUUCAGGGAGAACAAAUCAUGCAGAAUAAAGAGGAGGGAAAUCUUCAGAACAACACUAGAGAUUUGAAUCCAACGGUUUUUUUCACUAAGAAACAUACAUUGGUGGCUUCUCGUAAGUUACGUGGGAUGCUAUUGGUGGAUAUUUCUGGUGGUCAAGAAGAAAUAAAGAUUCCUGUUAUUAAUUUGGUUGAUGACACACCUUUUGCGGCUACCGGGUUUACAUAUUCCAGGUCUAUCCAAGUCGCAGAAAAUGUGGACCUUCCUCCUAAUGCUGAUGGAUGCAGGUGCAAGGGGAAUUGCAUACACCCAAAAUAUUGUGCUUGUGCUCGGCUCAAUGAUUCAAAAUUUCCUUAUGUACGUCAUAAUGGUGGCAGAUUGAGAAAAGCAAAGGAUGUUGUGUUUGAAUGUGGACCCAAUUGUGGCUGUGGACCUGAUUGCAUCAAUCGUAUAUCUCAACGGGGAAUAAAGUAUCAACUUGAGGUCUUUCGCACACUGGAUAGAGGGUGGGCUGUCAGGACUAAAGACUUCAUUCCAUCUGGUGCACCUGUUUGUGAAUAUGUAGGUAUUCUUAGACGGACGGAUGAGCUGGAUAAAGUUGACGUUAAUGAUUAUAUAUUCGAAAUUGAUUGCUUGCAUACCAUGAAGGGCAUUGAAGGAAGAGAGAGACGAUUUGGAGCAGUAUCAACAUCUCUAUGUGACAAUAUUGAGAAAAUAGAGGAUGGAUAUUUAGAAAAGACUCCAGAAUUUUGCAUAGAUGCAAACCAUAUAGGGAACGUUUCUAGGUUCGUCAACCACAGCUGUGAGCCAAAUCUCUUUGUCCAGUGCAUUUUGAGCACGCACCACGAUUUCCGACUUGCUCGUAUUGUUCUGUUUGCUGCUAGAAGCAUUUCUCCAUGGCAGGAACUCACGUAUGACUAUGGCUAUCCACUUGGUAGUGUCAUUGGCAGCGAUGGUGAGGUAAAGGUGCAGCCAUGCUAUUGUGGAGCAGAAGAUUGCCGAAAACGCUUGUACUAGGCUGCGCACCUUUGCAAGUUUUGGAAUUCUUGAGGAUUUUUGUUCAAGUAGAGUUGAAGGUCCCUGGAGAAAUUAGGGAACUGAGCUCAUCAUUUACCCAUUUUGUGAUGGCCUGACUUGAGAAAUUAGGAAUAAAAUGGUUUGGGUUUAUGGAAAUGGAAUGGUCACGUAAACCGCUGACCCUUUUUUUUUUUUUGGAAGAACAAACCUCGAAUUCUUGAUUAA